UCCUUCCUCUCUCUUCAAGUGUCUGUGCACAGCCUCCCAAAACUUUCUCCUUAGUUCUCAUCCAUACGUUAUCCUCAACUAUGAACCAGUAGCAUAUACUAGGCCUCUUCGUUUCAUUAGAUUUCUCAGUUUUAAAGAAUUACUUGUCUUCCCAAGCUCCAAAAAAUCAAUUCGCCAUGAGUGCUGGAGCACAUGUCUUGGUCUUUCCUUUUCCAGCUCAAGGCCACCUGAUCCCUCUCCUAGACCUAGCCCAUCAUCUAGUUAUCCGUGGCAUAACCAUUACCAUCUUGGUGACCCCAAAAAACCUACCUAUCUUGAACCCUCUCCUCUCCAAAAAUUCAACAAUCAAUACCCUAGUCCUUCCUUUCCCUAAUUACCCCUCAAUCCCUUUUGGCAUCGAAAAUCUCAAGGACUUGCCUCCAAAUAUUCGUCUAACAUCCAUGAUACAUGCCCUUGGUGAACUCUACCAGCCUUUGCUCAGUUGGUUUAGAUCCCACCCAUCUCCACCUGUAGAAAUAAUCUCUGAUAUUUUCUUAGGGUGGACCCACCGCCUAGCUUGUCAGCUCGGCGUUCGCCGUUUCGUGUUCUCUCCCUCAGGAGCCAUGGCAUUAGCCACAAUGUAUUCACUUUGGCAAGAAAUGCCCAGCGCCCCAAAAGACCAAAACGAAUUGUUUUCGUUUUCCAAGAUUCCACGUUGUCCAAAAUACCCAUGGUGGCAGAUCUCGACGAUUUAUCGUAGCUACAUGGAGGGAGAUCCAGUUUCGGAAUUCACCAAAGAAGGGAUGCAAGCUAACAUCGCGAGCUGGGGACUCAUCGUUAACUCGUUCACUUUGCUAGAAGGGAUUUAUUUCGAGCAUUUAAGAAAGCAAUUGGGCCAUGAUCGUGUGUGGGCUGUUGGACCGAUACUCCCUAAAAAAACGAUAGAUAUGACCCCACCUGAGAGAGGUGGGACCAGUACUGUUUCGAUGCAUGAUUUAAAGACGUGGCUUGACACGUGUGAAGAUCAUAAGGUUGUUUAUGUCUGCUAUGGGAGUCAAGUUCUUCUGACGAAAGAUCAAAUGGAGGCGGUAGCAUCCGGAUUGGAGAAGAGUGGAGUCCAUUUUAUAUGGUGUGUGAAGCAGCCCAGUAAAGAACACGUGGGAGAAGGAUAUAGCAUGAUCCCAUCAGGGUUUGAAGAUCGUGUGGCUGGAAGGGGGCUUAUCAUAAGAGGAUGGGCCCCGCAAGUUUGGAUACUAAGUCACCGGGCUGUGGGGGCUUUCUUGACUCAUUGUGGGUGGAACUCGAUCCUUGAAGGGAUAGUUGCGGGUGUGCCAAUGUUAGCAUGUCCCAUGGGGGCUGACCAAUUUGUGGGUGCUACUUUAUUGGCUGAAGAGUUGAAGGUGGCUAAAAGGGUAUGUGAUGGCGCAAAUGUAGUGUCUAAAUCGGCUAAUUUGGCACGAACGCUGAUGGAAUCAGUGAGUGAUCAGAGCCGAGUUGAAAAGGAGAGAGCUAAAGAGCUACGUAUGGCAGUACUUGAUGCUAUUAAAGAGGAUGGGAGUUCGGACAAGAACUUGACUGCAUUUGUGAAGCAUGUAGUUGGGUUGGGGUCGGAGAUUGACAAGGGAUAAAACAGAGAUAGGAACUUAAGUGUGUUUUUGUACACCCCUUUUAUUUUAUUGUGGUAAAUAAAAUUCGAAGCAAUAUUGAUAAUUUCCAUGCAUGA